UGACUGAAAAGAAAAAAAAAAAAAAAAAAGGAGAGGCCUUAGCUUAGCUUAAGCUCCACAUACUAAUAAAUAAAAAUAUUUGUUUUCCUUUUUUAUCAAUGGCUACCAUUUCUCACUACACUCUUCUUCUUCAUCCUCUAUCUUCUUUUUCUUCUUCAACCUUCAUUCAUUUUUCUCCAUCUUCAUUCACUCUUCCUAUUCCUCAACCUUCAUCUUCAUCUUCAUCCAAAUUCUACUUCCUUUCCUCCAAAUGCAGAAGGAGACCAACCAAACCCAAACUCAAACUCUUCAUGAUCAUUCACCCUUUUUUGCUCUUUAAUACCUCUUUCUAUUUCGACACGCAAACACUUCUUGCCACUGUUAGUGUUUUGGCUGCCAUUGCUCUUUCUCUCUUCCUUGGCCUCAAGGGUGAUCCGGUGUCCUGUGAGCGUUGUGGUGGCAAUGUAGGUGGGACAAAAUGUGUUUUUUGCAACAAUGGCAAGAUGAAGCAAGAUAUGGGGUUGGUUGACUGCAAAGUAUGCAAGGGUUCAGGAUUGAUUCUCUGCAAGAAAUGUGGAGGUUCCGGUUAUUCCCGAAGGUUAUGAGCUUUGAAUUCCUCUUUAUAUCUUAAACCAUCUUGUUCAGAAAUCUCCAAGAUCUUGUCACAAUCUUAUUGUUCAUAGUCUUUAUAUUUUUUUAGAAUCAUUUUAAUCAUAUAAGUAUGCUUCCUUUGAGUAUAUUUUUUUUGCUAAUAGGUAUGAGUAUCAUAUAUGAAGUUAUAGCACCGUUGUUUGAUUUAUCA